AUGAAUUUAAUUCAUAUAUUCUUAUUUAUCAUAGUAAUAAUAUGUUAUGUUAAUUGUAUAAAAAAGAAUAACAAAAAUAUUGCUUAUGAUAAAUUCUAUAAGCAAGGAAGUAAUACAAUUGUAGGUUCUGGAAAUGGAUCAGGGGAUUUAUUAUUUUUGAACAAUAUAAAUAUAAAUAAAAACAUAGAAAGAAAAAAGAAUAUUCUAGCACAUAGUGAAAUAGGGACUGUAAGAAAUAUAGAUGAUAUAAAUCUACUUAAUCCUAAUAAGAAAAAUCAAAUAUCUUUUACAAAAUGUAAACAGAUUGCUACUGUAGGUCCUGCAUCGGAAAAUUUUGAACAGCUAGAAAAAUUAUACCUAAAUGGUAUAGAUGUUUUUAGAUUAAAUUUUUCACAUGGUCUUAAAAGUAUUAAGAAAUAUAUUAUAAAUUCAAUUCGUAUUUUAGAAAAUAAAUAUGAUACAACUAUUGGAAUAUUGGGUGAUAUUCAAGGACCUAAAAUUCGAAUAGGAGAAUUUGAAAAAAAUGAAAUAAAUGAAAAAGAUAAUAAUACUUUUGUUGAAUUAAAAGAAGGUGAUUUAUUUUCUUUUGAUUUAAUGAAUACAUUAGGUAAUCAAAAAAGGGUACAAUUAAAUUAUCCAGAAUUAAUAAAGAAUGCAAAAGCUGGACAAAUAAUAUUAUUAGAUGAUGGAAAUUUAAAAAUGAAAAUUGUUGAAAAUAAUUAUGAUACUAAUAAUAUACAGAAUUCUUAUAUAAAAGUACAAGUUUUAACUGGUGGUAAAUUAUAUAGUAAAAAAGGUUUUUGUAUUCCAAAUAUGAUUAUGCCUAUAGAUGUUUUAAGUGAAAAAGAUAUAAAAGAUAUUUUAUUUUGUAUCAAUGAAGAAGUAGACUUUUUAGGAUAUUCAUUUGUUCAAACUGAAUAUGAUUUAAUUUUUUUAAGAAAUAUUAUUAAUGAUUAUUAUCAAAGUGAUUUUUAUAAUAAUAUUAAAAGAAAAGAUAGAAUCAAUUUUGAUCAGAAUAAUUUACAAAUGAAAACAUUUGAUGAUGAAAAUGAUUUCUAUAUUAAAGAAGUAAAUGAUUAUUAUAAUAAUUAUUAUUUAAAAAAUGUACAAAAAUAUAAACAAAUUUAUGAUGUAUAUAAAAACCAAGAUCUAUAUAUUAAUGAUAACAUACAAAAUCAAUAUAAUAAAAAUAUUGUUACCAAUAUUAUGGAUGAUAAAAAUAUUAUUGAUGAUCAACAAGAUAUGCAUAAUGAUAAUAUAGAUAAUACUAUGAAAAAUUAUUCUAAUUUAUAUAAUAUUAAUAAAGAUCACAAUAAAAUAGCUAUCAUUUCAAAAAUAGAAAAACCUUCAGCAAUUAAAAAUAUUGAAAAUAUUAUUAAAUUAUCAGAUGGUAUUAUGAUAGCAAGAGGUGAUCUAGGAAUCGAAACGAACUUAUCCAAUUUACCUAUUUUACAAAAAAAACUUAUAAAUUUAUGUAGAAUUAAAUAUAAUAAACCAGUAAUUGUAGCAACACAAAUGAUGGAAAGUAUGAGAUUUCUUCCAUCUCCUACAAGAGCAGAAGUUACAGAUGUAGCUACAGCAUUAUAUGACGGAUCUGAUUGUGUUAUGUUAUCUGCAGAAACAGCUACAGGACAAUAUCCAGUACUAACCGUGUCUACACAAAAUAAAAUUAUUAAAGAUGUUGAAAAUGAUUAUUAUUAUUAUGAAUACACACAAAGGAAAAAUGAUAAAUUAAAAAUGUUGGAUCAUAAAAAUAAUUGUUGUCAUCAAAAUAAUAAUAUUCAACAAAUUAAUAAAUAUAAUAAUGAAUUUAUUCAAAAUAAUAAAUGUGAUCAUACAAAUCAAAAUGAUAUAUCCUAUUUUGAUAAACUCAUUUUUAGUAUUAGAGAUAUAAGUAAUAAUAUUAAUUUAAAAUCAAUCAUUCUAUUCUCAAAUGAAUUUAAUAAAAUUCAAAAAUUAAGUAAUUUAAGAACAAAAGCACCAAUCAUAGUUAUUACAGAAAAUAAAUAUUUAGCUAGGAAAUUACAAUUAACAUGGGGUAUAUAUCCACACCUUUCCAAAAAACAAAAUUUAUUUAACCAUGAUUUAUUUUCAUUAAUUAAUUAUGGAUGUGACGUAUCCAAAAAAGAAGGAUUUGUAAAUUCACCUGAUGAAUAUUCUCUUGUCACCUUUUCAAAAAAUAUAAAUUCGGCAAAUUUACUAUAUUUAUGUCAACCCUGUCUAACAAAUUAA